UGAGAAUAUUCACAGGCAACACAAACCCAAGUUUGUUCCAUCAUCUUUUACAGGAAAUAAGAGAAUUCCCACCACCUGUGUGAAAACAAUAUGCUCUCUGUGUGUGUGUGUCCGUCCAAUGCGAUAAGAAGUGCGUGUGAGCUAAAAGUUCUAACAUACAUACCCCCAUCCCACUGAUCGGGCGGAACAAUCAAGUGCAUCUCCCUGGAAAAGGACGUAAUGCGCUGCCUUCAGGUCGCUCCCAGAAAGUUGGGGUUUUAUAAAUGUAUCGUUGAUUUUAAUGGUUAUUGUGCAGUCAACUCGUUCUGCUUGGAUAUAGUAAUAACGAAACGUACGAUGUACUAACUGGCGAUUCAUUGAAGAGAUGCGGCAACAAUUGAAGGCGUUUGUGCUUCAAUAAUAACUGCUUAUAGUGAGUGUAGUAGCCUACAAAAACACUAAAAUAACGUAUAAUCAUAAUCAAAAUAAUUUAGAUGACUUUGGAGGCUCAAGACUGGCGCACGCGAAGUUUCGUUAGCUAGUUUGCUCUUUUGUACGCCCUUAUAUCUCAGUUGCAUUUUUUCCCACACGGCUAGAACGCAGCAGGGGAAGCUGUUGACUACGCUUCUCGCUCUGAUUUCCCGACUUUAAAAUCGACAACAAUGUCCUCUGACGAGAUUUGUAUGCUGUAUCAUGGACUUCUACUUCCCAAAGAGACUCACUCCACGGAGAGCUUGAAGUUUGUGCAGGAAUACACGUUUAAAGACGAGGACGUCGUGGCUGUCACGUAUCCGAAGUCAGGUACAAUCUGGAUGCAGGAGAUCCUCCCGCUGGUGCUGAAUGGUGGGGAUCUGACGCCGAUCCAAACCAUUCCUAACUGGGACAGAGUCCCCUGGCUGGAGGAGAAGAGGUUGGCAGUGGUUGUGGAUCAGUUACCUUCUCCGCGAGCGCUGGUCACACAUUUUCCUUACCACCUCAUGCCCCCCUCCUUCCACGCCUCCAAAGCCAAGGUGAUCUAUGUCAUGAGGAACCCUAAGGACGUCAUGGUGUCUUCAUACUACUUCCACCAGAUGGCCGGAUUCCUCAUGGAUCCAGGAACCUUCGAUGAGUUCAUGGCCAAGUUCCUGGAGGGCAGAGUGCUGUUUGGAAAAUGGACAGACCACGUGAAGAGCUGGAGACACACAGAGCUGGGGGACAGAAUAAUGUACAUCACAUAUGAAGAAAUGGUUCAGGACCUCCCUGCAGCUCUCAGGAGUUUGUCAGAUUUCCUGGGCAGUAAUCUGAGCGAGGAAGUCAUCCAAAAGAUAGCAGAGCAUUGCUCCUUCAAGACCAUGAAGGUCAACAGCAUGUCCAACUUCAGCCUGGUCCCUAAGGUGCUGAUGGACAGCGAUAAAUCUCCAUUCCUCAGGAAAGGUGUUGUGGGAGACUGGAAAAAUCAUUUCAGCUCAGAGCAACUGGCCAGAUUCACGUCCGUCAUUCGCAAAGAGAUGGAGGACGAGAGCUUCCCUCUGCCUUGGAGCUUGGAUUGAAAAAGGGAGAGAGCUGUAGAAAUAAAACCAAGGCAUAUCCUUGACUUUUUAUUGAACAACUAACGUCCUUAAAAUUAGUAAUUAGAUAAAUAUUUUGUCACUUAAUCUAUCCAGGAUGUAAAUGCUGCAUCUGCAAAAGUUCACCCUCUGCAGAAAACAUGUACUUGUACGUAAUUUGUGUUAAACGGCCAGCGAGGAAAUGCUGCUACAACACUGAUCGUCCGGAUCACUCACAGCUGAGCUUACUGCACCUUUAUGCUGCAGGCACAUAUUGUUGUUUUUCUGUCACUAAGCUUGAUUGAAACAGCUGUGAUGCACAUUGCUGGCUUCUUGCUAGCUUGCAUAUUAUCACGACAUGAUUACCUGGUAAAUGCUUAAUUACUUUCUAAUUAUUUGGUUCAUAAAAUUAGUUUUUACUGUUUAUUUUAGGAUGACUUUGAACAAAUGUAGUCGGACAGUAGACAUGUUUUUAUUGAGUGAUUAAAAUGUUUAUUAUUAUUA